UAGCUAGCCAGUACGACUGUAGCUGGCACUUUUCACUGGUGGGAACUCACCUUCAACAGCUCCUUCAACUCACGAGCAUCGGCAGCACACUGCACCCCUUGACCCCUUCCCACACUACCAUACCUUCAAACCGGUGUGACUUAUAGUCCCCGCCAACCCAACAUCAAGAUGGCAACAUUGGGCGGUAGAUGAAUGAAUGCAUAGAUAGAUGGUGACUCGGAUCUGUUCGUAAAUGUCUCUGGUGGAGAUUGACUGUGUGGUCAAUCCAAUCCAAUCCAAUGCAAGGAGAGAAUCAGGGUUCGUGGAACCAACAUCCCUUCUUUUCCGCUCUGUUUCGGCGCCACAGAUAUGUGGUGGGCAUCCUCCUGCUUGUGGGAACAUUUGUCUUCUAUUGGACUGGCAGAUCCAUUUCCACACGAGGCACAGAUGCAAGUUGGAACCCUCAAGUGGAUACAGUCAAGUCCAUUUCCAACUUCAACAAGGCCGACAACCAUACCACUACUACCACCAACUAUGUGGACACCACAACUACUAUAACCAAAUCCACAACGGCUGUUGCAAGCACGAAAGAGGACUAUUGCAUUUGGUCGCCAUCGAGUCCACGAAAUUGUCAAAAAGUACUGCACGAUCGCAUUGCCCAACAAACUGUGUCGUCAUCCGCUCGCUACAGUUGGCUCUUUUUUGGAGAUUCCACUGUCGCACAGUUAUGGUACACAUCCUCUCUGCAAAACCUGCUGGUGGAUCUGGCCGUGACGCAACUUCAAGAACAAGAAGGCGCACAGUGUGUUUCUUUGUCUCAUACAAAUUGUCACUCUGUACGAAUUUCACAACAAUGCCAUUUGAAUCAAGCCUACAAUCUUUCCUUGCCCCGUCACUGGGAAUCACCCAGGCUGGGAGAAGGACCCGCCAAGAAUGCCACAGAUCCAACCGAAUUGUGUCUGGGAUGUCAUAGUUGUCACUCCAGUUUUAUACAAUGCAGCCCCAAUCGCAAUUCAUACAACAACACUCCAGCCUCCAAUAGAAAUAUUUGUCGACCCAUUCUGUAUGGUGGCUACAUUGCCAUGCCCUUUGCGCGCGAUGUCAUUCUCCAAACGCCACACUAUCGGACCAGUCAAGAAAAUUUACUGUUGGAAUACCUUACUACUAAUAAUCAACAACAAUCCAUUUGUGUGGUUCGCACGGGAUUGCACGACAUGGCAUUGCCCGACAUGACACAAUCCCUCUUUGUGUCCAAUGUCCAGUGGUAUCUCCGACUGCUACUGCGACGCGUGUGCGCCCAUGUGAUUUGGUUGCAAAAUACGGCACCCUCCGCCAACGCAACCAAAUAUCCACAGACAAUGGAACGGGUACGAGCGUACGACGAGGGAGUCUACGACGCGCUACAACAACCACUGAGCGACCAAGUGACCACUGUGGAUGUCUGGGAGGCAUCCUUGCAGGCACAACAUGCCGACCAUAUUCAUUUGACCAGUGAUUGGAAUCGAGCGCUUGGCAUGUUCUUUGUCAAGUUGGCCACCAAAUUGACGGUACCGUGACAUGUCAUGAUAGCUGGAUUGGAGUGCAAUAUAUGGUUCUGAGCCGUGAUUGGGGAGAUUGAAAGAUAGAAACGAGACGUAUUUUUCGACGUUGGUGGCCUACCGCGAAUACAUCAUGUUGGAUGGUGUCUCCAAUGCUGGUCUAGACUACGGUAGCUUGGCAAGUACCGUAGUUUGCCAGCCAUGAGAAGAUAGAUUCCAAGAAGGCUGCGUCUUGGAGAGGAUGUAAAUUGUUAUCGCAACCAUCAAAGAUCUUGUGAGUGUAAGCAAACUUGCUGCCGGCUGCGCAAAAAGGAAUCUUUUGAUACAGUUUGGUACUGGGAGGUGAUUUCUGCAUUGGAAAUGUCGUGUUCGGUGCAAAUAAAUGCCUUGGAACUGAAUGACAGGUUCCCGAUCUUAGCCAUAUGCAUAGUAACGUUGGCUCGUGCAGACCAACUGUUGACUCAGCUCAAUCUUUAUUACGCAGCUUGUUCUUGUCUGAAGAAGCCUACCGGUAGUAGCCUCUCUAACUAACAACCUGCUAUCAUCAUAGCACUCAGCUAGCUAGCUCUUCUGGGC